AUGGCACGUCUUAUUUUCAUAUCAUUACUUGUAUCAUUAAGCUUGGCGGCUUCUACUUUCCAGCUUGAAGAAGUUGAAAAAGUGCCAAUUUAUCGUAUGAAAGACGUCACAAUCGAAAGCAAAGAAGACCCAAACAGCCAAGAAAUGUGGGUCGUCGGACAUUUCCAAUCAGACAAAAUCAUUGUUAAAGAAGGUCGAUUUGGAGACAGAAAAAGAGAAGGGGAAGGUGCAGACGGCUACUGGGUACAAGUUUUCACAUUUAUUAGUGGAGCUAGAGUUGGAGAAACUACACCUGUAGAGUUUUGGUACUUAAAGCCACACUUCGCUGAACAGUACUUUAAUGACCCUAAUGCCUAUGCUGAAGUUCAUGGAAAAACACCGAAAAUCAAGAUUAUUGAGUUUGAGGUAAAGGCAAGUGAAGACACUGAAAAAGCUGCUGAAAAAGCUACUGAAAAGCCAGAUCUUUAG